AUACCGUUGUGUGCAGACGCUGGUAACCAGGGAGAGCGGAUGUUUACAGAAAUGUCUGCCGCAAAACUACAGUAGUCGCGGGUGAUCGAAAAGACAAAUAUUAUUUCCAGAGAGCACAAAGCUUGCUUCUGCCAUUUCUCAAAUCGAAGCCCAUGCUGCUAAUGUUUAACGUGUUUAACGUUUGCUUGGAAUCUACUAAACACCAUAUGAAGUUCCAGUCAUGCAGCUAAAACAUCUGAAAACGCUUCUAAUCCCCCAGGAUGGAGCUGCUAAAGUGACUUGCAUGGCCUGGGCGCCGAAUAACGGGAAGUUUGCGGUGUGCACUGUGGAUAGAGUGGUCUUACUUUAUGAUGAACAGGGAGAAAGACGAGACAAGUUUUCCACUAAACCUGCGGACUCAAAGUAUGGAAAGAAAAGUUAUGUUGUCAAGUCCAUGGCAUUUUCUCCUGACUCAACAAAAAUUGCCAUAGCACAAACCGACAACAUUAUUUAUGUUUACAAAAUUGGAGAGGAAUGGGGUGAGAAAAAGGUCAUCUGCAAUAAGUUUGUGCAGACAAGUGCUGUAACCUGUUUGCUGUGGCCUGCCGAACAUGCUAUUAUUUUUGGAUUAGCUGAGGGGAAGGUUCGUCUCGCCAACACAAAAACGAAUAAGUCGUCCACGAUAUACGGAACAGAGUCCUAUGUGGUUUCACUGACGUCAAACGUCUCUGGGAAGGGGAUACUCUCGGGCCACGCGGACGGAACGGUGGUUCGCUACUUUUUCGACGACGAAGGUUCCGGCGAAUCCCAGGGCAAAUUGCUGACACACCCAUGUCCACCGUAUGCUUUGGCAUGGAGCGCAAACAGCAUCAUCGUGGCGGGAUGCGACAAGAAGAUUGUAGCCUACGGGAAGGAAGGUCAUGUGAUCCAGACCUUCGACUACAGCCGGGAUGGCUCGGAGAAGGAGUUCACUGUGGCGGCCACAAGUCCCAGCGGCCAGUCUGUGGUCCUCGGCAGCUACAAUAGACUGCGAGUUUUCAACUGGAGCCCGCGGAAAGGAUUAUGGGACGAGGCGCCUUCGAAGGAGAUCCCCAACCUGUACACUAUCACCGCCCUGGCCUGGAAGAGAGACGGCUCCCGGCUCUGUGCGGGUACACUGUGUGGAGGAGUGGAGCAGUUCGACUGCUGCCUACGGAGGAGCAUCUACAAAAAUAAAUUUGAGAUGACGUACGUCGGUCUGAGUCAGGUCAUAGUGAAGAACCUCUCCUCGGGGACGCGCGUGGUGCUGAAGUCCCACUACGGCUACGAGAUCGACGAGGUGAAGAUCAUGGGGAAGGACCGCUUCCUCGUGGCCCACACCUCCAGCACCCUGCUUCUGGGAGAUCUGGGCUCCAACAAACUCAGCGAGGUGGCGUGGCAGGGCUCCGGGGGAAACGAGAAGUUCUUCUUCGAAAACGAAACGGUGUGCAUGAUAUUCAACGCCGGCGAGCUGACCCUGGUGGAGUACGGAAACAAUGAGAUCCUGGGAUCUGUGCGCACUGAGUUCAUGAACCCACAUCUCAUCAGUGUUCGUCUGAAUGAAAGGAAACAGAGAGGCGUUGAAGACAACAAAAAGUUAGCCUACCUAAUCGACAUCAAGACCAUAGCUAUCGUGGACCUGGCUGUCGGGUGUAACCUGGGCACCGUCAGCCACGAUUCCAAGAUCGACUGGCUGGAGCUGAACGAGACAGGCCGCAAGCUGCUGUUCAGGGACAAGAAGCUGCGGCUGCACCUGUUCGACAUCGGGGGCGGGCUGAAGAGCACGGUGCUCAGCUUCUGCUCGUACGUCCAGUGGGUGCCGGGCAGCGACGUGGUGGUGGCGCAGAACCGGGGCAGCCUGUGCGUGUGGUACAACAUCGACAGCCCCGAGAGGGUCACCAUGUUCCCCCUGCGCGGCGACAUCGUGGAUCUGGAGAGGAGCAACGGCAAGACGGAGGUGAUCGUGACUGAGGGGGUCAACACCGUCUCCUACACUCUGGACGAGGGCCUGAUUGAGUUUGGGACCGCCAUCGACGACGGAGACUAUUACAGAGCCACGGCGUUCCUGGAGACGCUGGAGAUGUCGGCGGAGACGGAGGCCAUGUGGAAGACCCUGAGCAGGCUGUCCCUGGAGGGGCGGCAGCUGCACAUCGCCGAGAGGUGCUUUGCGGCCUUGGGUGACGUGUCCAAAGCACGCUUUCUGAACGAGACCAACAAGAUCGCCGACCAGGUCUCCAAAGAAUACGGCGGCGACGGGACGGAGCACUACCAGGUCAAAGCCCGCCUUGCCAUGCUGGACAAGAACUACAAGCUGGCAGAGAUGCACUACAUGGAGCAGAACGCCAUCGAUGAAGCCAUGGAAAUGUACCAGGAGCUCCACAUGUGGGAUGACUGCAUCGCAAUAGCAGAGGCUAAGGGGCACCCCGAACUGGACAACCUGCGGCGCAGUUACUACCAGUGGCUGAUGGAGACCAAUCAGGACGAGAAGGCGGGGGAGGUGAAGGAGGGCGAGGGCGACCACCUGGGCGCGGUCAACCUGUACCUGAAGGCGGGGCUCCCGGCCAAGGCCGCGCGGCUCGUCAUCGGCCGCGACGAGCUGGUCUCCAACGGCGACGUGGUCAACAGGAUCGCCUCGGCCCUCAUCAAGGGCGAGUUCUACGAGCGGGCCGGGGACCUGUUUGAGAAGAUCCGGAAUCACCAGCGAGCCCUGGACUGCUUCCGCAAGGGGAACGCCUUCCGGAAAGCUGUGGAGCUGGCUCGCGUUGCCUUCCCCGGAGACGUGGUGAAGCUGGAGGAGGCGUGGGGCGACUACCUGGUCCAGCAAAAGCAGAUGGAUGCAGCCAUCAACCACUACAUUGAAGCAGGGUGCUCCUCGAAGGCCAUCGAGGCGGCCAUCGGUGCCCGCCAGUGGAAGAAGGCGGUGCACAUCCUGGAGCUGCAGGAGGACCGGGCCGGUGGGAAGUACUACCUGAGGAUCGCCCAGCACUACGCGUCCGUGCAGGAGUACGAGGUUGCGGAGCGGCUGUUUGUGAAGGGCGAUCAUAUCAAAGACGCCAUUGAUAUGUACACUGGGGCCGGCCGCUGGGAGCAGGCGCACAAGUUGGCGGCGAAGUGCAUGAGCCAGGAGGACGUCUCCGCGCUGUACGUCAGCAAGGCCCAGGAGCUGGAGAAGGAGGGCAAGCUCAAGGAGGCCGAGAGGCUCUUUGCCACAGUAGACGAGGCAGACCUGGCCAUCACCAUGUACAAGAAGAACAAGAUGUACGACGACAUGAUCCGCCUGGUGGCCAAGCACCACAAAGACCUGCUGACCGAGACGCACCUGCACUUGGCCAAGGAGCUGGAGGGGGAGUCCCGGUUCCAGGAGGCGGAGUACCACUACAUGGAGGGCCAGGACUGGAAGGCCGCGGUCAACAUGUACCGAAACAACACCAUGUGGGAGGAGGCCUACAGGGUGGCCAAAAGUCACGGGGGAGCCAGCGCCCACAAGCAGGUGGCGUACCUGUGGGCCAAGAGCCUGGGAGGAGAGGCCGCCGUCAAACUGCUCAACAAGUUCGGCCUGCUGGAGACCGCCAUCGACUUCGCCGCCGACAACUGCGCCUUCGACUUCGCCUUCGAGCUGGCGAGGCUGUCCGCCAAGAACAAGAUCCCCGACAUCCACCUGAAGAGCGCCAUGUUCCUGGAGGACGAGGGCAAGUUUGCGGAGGCCGAGGCGGAGUUCCUCAAAGCGGGGAAGCCGAAGGAGGCGGUGCUGAUGUACUUCCACAACCAGGACUGGAGCAGCGCGGAGAGGGUGGCGGAGGCCCACGACCCGGACAGCGUGCCCGAGGUGCUGCUGGGCCAGGCCAAGUUCUGCUUCGACCAGAGAGACUUCCAGAAGGCCGAGGCCUUCCUGCUGCGGGCACAGAGGCCCGAGCUCGCCGUCAAGUACUACAAAGACGCAGAGAUGUGGAGCGACGCCAUACGCAUUUGCAAGGAGUACGUCCCCAACAAGCUGGGGGCCCUGCAGGACGAGUACGAGAAGGAGACGGCCAAGAAGGGCACCCGGGGCGUGGAGGGCAUAGUGGAGCAGGCGCGUGAGUGGGAGCAGUCGGGCGAGUACGCCAGGGCAGUGGAGUGCUACCUGAAGGUGAAGGACACCUCCAACACCGCCCUGCUGGAGAAGUGCUGGAUGAAGGCGGCGGACCUGGCGAUAAAGUUCCUGACUCAGGAGCGGGCGGCGGAGGUGGUGCACACCGUGGGGCCGCGGCUGGUCCAGCUGAGGAAGAACAGCGCGGCAGCCGAGCUGUACAUCAACCUGGACCUCAUUAAGGAAGCCAUCGACGCUUUCAUCCAGGGAGAAGAAUGGAACAAAGCCAAGAGAGUCGCCAAGGAACUGGACCCAAGGUUCGAGGAAUACGUGGAUCAGAGAUACAAGGAGCACUUGAAGAACCAGGGCAAAGUGGACUCCCUGGUCGGAGUGGACGUCAUGGCGGCGCUGGACAUGUACGCUGAGAGAGGCCAAUGGGACAAGUGCAUCGAGACAGCCGCUAAACAGAAUUUCAAGGUCCUUCACAAAUACAUCGCCCUGUAUGCCACCCAUCUGAUCAAAGAGGCCGAGUCGGAGAAGGUCUUAGGCCUGUACGUCAAUCACGGAGUCCCAGCCAAUCCCCAGAACUUCAACAUCUACAAGCGCGUGUUCCUGGACCUGCUGAACCUUCCGGGCAGAGGGGGGGCAGAGGCGUACCGGAUGUGGGCCGACCUGCGGGACGUCCUGCUGCUGCUGUGUGAGAACCUGGUGAAGACGUCGGAGGCCAACUCGCCGGCGCACGAGGAGUUUGAGCGCAUGCUGCUGGUCGCGCACUACUGCGCCACGCGCUCCGCUGCCAAAAGCGCGCACCAGCUGGACACGAUCGCUGCCAAGCUCUCCAUCUCCCUCCUGAGGCACACCGAGCUCAUUCCUGCAGACAAGGCCUUUUACGAAGCGGGUCUGGCUGCUAAGGAAGUUGGUUGGGAGAACAUGGCCUUCAUUUUUCUGAACCGUUUCCUGGACCUUUGUGAUGGGAUCGAGGAAGGCAAUCUGGACGCUCUGGACCACACCGACUUCCAGGACACCGAUAUCCCCUUCGAGGUCCCGCUGCCGGCCAAGCAGCAUGUUACUGAGGACAAGCGGGAGGAGAUCCGGGACUGGGUCCUGACCGUGUCCAUGGACCAGCGCGUGGAGCAGGUCCUGCCCAAAGACGAGCGGGACACGUACGAGGGCUCCCUCCUGGCCCUCAGCACCGGCGUCCGCUCCCUGCCCUGCGUCAUCACGGGCUACCCGGUGCUGAGGAAUAAAAUCGAGUUCAAAAGACCCGGGAAGGCGGCGAACAAGGACGACUGGAAUAAAUUUCUCAUGGCCACCAAGACCACCCACAGUCCGGAGUGUCAGGACGUGCUGAAGUUCGUGAGCCAGUGGUGCGGGGGACUUCCUACCACGGGCUUCUCUUUCCACUAGAGCCUGGAGGACCGCGCGCAUCCCAGCUCUCCCUGCGUCUCCUCGAAUUUGCCCUCCCUGCUGAACGUCUGCUUUCAUGAGACUCUUGUAAUGGAACUGUGCAAAAAAACAAGAACCCAUUAGCCUUGACCUCAUUCCUGCAUCGCUGUGAGUCAUGUCUGGAGAGUGCGCUCCUAUUGGUCGCUGAGUCUGUCCCCAGGCACGCCUUCUGAGGGUGAAUUGCUUCAAACUUCAAAAAGCGUCAUCCUUGAAUCUUAUUGACAUAUGUAAGCAAGUGUUUACUGAUCUUGGGCCCUGGCUAAAUAUUUUUGGUAAUUGCUUUUUACAUUCAUCUGAGGUAUGUAUGGCUCUCUCUCUCACACACACACACACACACACACACACACAGAAGAGAGAUGGGGAGAGAGAGAGGGAGGCGGGGGGAAGCAGAGAGAGAAUUAAGAAAAUAAUUAAAUUCCAGCCCAGUCUACGCUCCCUAUCUGCACUUUGCUAGGUUUUUCCACAAAACUUUUCCCGUUUGAAUAUUUUCUCAGGGGUCAGUGAGUUCUCCAAUCAGAUGGGCCUCUCUGAAGAUGAAGGGCUCCAUUAUUGGAGCAACUUUGAGACUGAAGUAAAGCAGUAAAAAAAAAAGUAAAAUUCUUGUCUGUGGAGUGGAGGGCGUCAUAAACAACAUGCUUGCACCUCAGGUAAAAUUAACAUGGCGCCUGUAAAUGCAGCUGUUUGUGAAAGAUGUCUUGUGAGUGAAUUACUACAGCUUUUUGUAAAAUAAAAACUGCGUUAGUAAAAAAACGUAUGAAUUUUCAAUGCACAAUGAACGUUGUUUUAGUUGUGUUUGAAUGUUUGAAGCUCUUGUUCAUUGUAUAUCUUAUUUCACCACACAAUGUAUACUGACUAAAAAGUGCUAAAUAUUAAAUCCUAAGUAAUUAUUUGA